AUGGCGGCAGUUGAUUCAAGUCAAGCACAGGUGAAAGCCUCCACUCUCCUGCCUGACAGCCAACCCGACAGUCUCCAUUCGACUGAGGAGCCUACGGAAGAUCCUGCCGGAAAGAGCAGAUCUGUCGUACCCUACCUGCUGGAAAAGAGUCCAGAGUUCCGCGAACUCAGUGAUGUGAGACAGCGGGGAUGGGAAAACCCGGAAGGCGAUAAAUACUUCGCAAACAUGCGUCGAAAUGCCGACAAGUCCGACAAAAAGACAUCGUUUUACUUUCAUAAGCUUAUGAACACAAUCGGACGGGAAAUUGAUACAGCCACCAAUGUCUUCAAAAUCCAACAGGUUGAUUCAGCCCCACCUGCCAUUCUCGAUAUGUGCAUGGCCCCCGGUGCAUUCCUCGAGAUAGCAUUGAGAAAGAAUCCAGGCUCACAUGCUCUGGCUUUCAGCCUGCCUGUCUCCUGUGGAGGCUAUAGGAGUCGUCUGGCAAGCGGCUUGAAUGCUAAGCGAGUAUUUCUCGACGUGACUAUGCUUGCUGCCGACAUGGAUGUAGAUCAGAUCCCCGAGGGCCAUGAAGAUGCCGAGAACUUUUUGCCCCGGCAACUUGAACAAAGUCGGCUUUUUGAUUUGGUCAUAUGUGACGGGCAGGUUUUGAGACAACAUACACGCGCCCUCUAUCGAGAGAGCCGGGAAGCGAAAAGACUUGCCACCACGCAGCUCGCUCUGGGGCUUCAGCACCUUAGACCUGGUGGCACUAUAGUCGUUCUUCUCCACAGGCUUGAGGCGUGGAACACCGUCAAUCUCAUUUGGACGUUUCAUAAGAUCUCGUCAGUUCGGCUUUUCAAGCCGAAGACCGCUCACGCCAAGCGAUCAUCUUUUUACAUGGUUGCUACCAAGGUUGAAAGCCAACAUCCAGAGGCUAUUGAAGCAGUCAAGCGGUGGAAGAGAAUCUGGCGGGAUGCCACAUUUGCGUCUGACGAAGAAUACGGCAAGGUGAUCUUGGAUGAAGACCCAUCCGUAGAAACAUUGCUCGAAGACUUUGGGCCGAAACUUGUGAAGUUGGGGAAGGCGAUAUGGAAGACACAGGCAAAUGCCCUGACUAAAGCACCAUUCAUAAAGAAGUCCGAGUGA